AUGAGUAUUCUCAACGUUACACAAAAACCUCUUGUUGAUAAUUCUAUUACAGAACUAGAGUAUCACACUUAUCAACCUUUUAUCAAUUCCAACUUUGACUACAACGAUGAAAUUCGCAUUGCUGUUCAAGAACUAGAUGCCUAUACCAUCCCGUCACAAAGUCUUUUGUAUCCCGAAGGAGAAUUAACCAAAGCCGAUGAACUGCUGUUACUACUAAAAACGCUGAUGGAACUACUGUUACAACUCUGCAAUUAA